AUGAAGAAGGCUUCAGCGUUCGCCGGAAGGAAGGCCGCGGACCGACUGAAGCGCGAGGCGCAUCCCGCCCCGCGGCAGAAGACGAUGGAGAGGAUGAGGAGGGCGAGGAAGAGCAUGAAGCCCGGCUCAAGAGCUGCCGUCUGGGGACCGACGAGCCGAGCGCGGAGGACGCGACGACCUCCCCUAUGCAGCCGUGGCGAGGGCUGCCUCGUUCGCGAGAGAGAGAAAAAAGGAGACACGAGCACAUGCUUCUCCCUCACAAGAAGAAGAAGUGGAGCUUCGCCGCGGCCGGCCGCUGAGUCGCGCGUUUCUGGAAGCGAGACGGCGACGGAAAGGAGCAGCGAACGCGGAGGCUCAGGGCACGCGACGGGGGGGGAAGGCAGCCCGCCACCGCCAGAGCAAGGCAGCGAGGAGGAUGCAAGCCCUCCUUUUUGUCUGCCUUCUACGUCGACUCCGGUCGCGUUCCCGGCGCCGCUGUCUUUAGCCUUCGGGCCGUCGUUCUCUGCUUCGUCCGCCUCACGUCCUGCCUCCGCGUAUUCGCUCGUGGCGCGGGGUGAGCACGGGGCGCUGGAGGCUCAGCGAAGGCGGACGAAAGCAAGGAAGCAAGUGGAAACCGCGGACACGCACGAAUCUGCUCACGCCUCCGCUGAGGUGCUUGGUUCGAGACGCGACAGGAGGUUGCUCCGCGGACUCGGUUCAAGCGCAAACGCAACUCCGGCCUUCUGUCCAUCUUCUCAUCUUUCGGAGGAGGCGUUUUCGUCUUCGCUGUUGUCUCCCUCCGCCGACCCCCCACCGGCACUCCCCUCUUGGUGUGCGCGGUCUGGCGUUCCUCGCCGUUUGUCGUCUCCGCGUGUCUCUGCUUCCUCGGGGCUUCACGAGUGGCGUAUGUCCUCCAGUUCCGCGGCCGUGCCUGAGUUGGCUUCUCGCUCGAGAUCCGCUUCGGCGUGUCUGUCGUCAGACACUCCCCGUUCGCGCUUCUCUUCGCCUCGUUCCUCCUCGUCGUCCUCGCCUUCUGUGUCUCCGCACGUGGCGGUUGGACGCCUAGGCUGUCGCCCAGGGGACGGCCUCUCUCGAGAGCUUUCUGCGCUUUCUGCAGAGGGCAAAGUGCCUGCGGACGCGGGCGAGCAGCAUGGGGCCGUGGGGUCUCGCGAGGCACGAAACGUCUCCUGUUCCUCUUCUCGCUCUUGUCGCGCUUCUUCCCUACGCUGCCAGCCGCUCUCCAACGCCGCACACUUCCCGUCGACUCCGGCAGCAGACGCGCCGACUCGCCGUGAAGAGAGACAGUCAGUGAAACAGAAGAACGCGCGUCUCCUGCCUGCGGGUAGGGCCUGUCCUCCCUCCACGCCUUACGGCGACGCGGUCGCGCUUCCAUCUGCUUUUCCGCCCUCUUUCGAAAGUUUCCCGCCUCCAUCUUCCGCGCGUCUGGGGUUCUUCGAGAGCCACGUGUACAUACACCCGACGCGGGUCCCGCCUCCGGAGCGCAGCGCCCUGCCCAUGCGCGGCGACGCUGUUUUGGCAGCAUCUCCCUUUUCUUCUUUUCCUCCGCCGUCUUCAGCACUCUUGGCGUUCGUCCCUAGCCGCUGCUUGCCGCCUCUUGCAGAGCCCUCAGCUUCAUCCGCUGGGUCUCCUCUUUCGUCUGCCUUCUCCGCGUCGCCGCUCUCCGCUUUUCCUGCGGCAGAUCGCUUCUCUCCCUUGUGCUCUGCGGCAUCUCCGUCGUCGACGCAGCGCGCGCGCCGCCGGGUGUACGUACACCUCGUCGAGGCCAGCUCCACGGGCGCGGAGAAAACGCUAGGCACAGGGUUGGGAACUGACGCGAACUCCCCCGAAGGCGGCGCGCAGAGCGGAGUCGGCGAGGCGCUCAUGGCUGCAGAAAGGCGCACGUCGCAAGAGCUGAGUCACGCGAGCGUCUUUCGCGCGCUGCGGACUUGGCGAGUCAGUUCGGUGGCUCACGGGGGCGUCCCCGGAGAGAAGCGAGGGCAGGAAAAGGCGAAGGGGCGCAGGCGAGCAGGGUCGCAGGCCCCAGUCCCGGCCGCCGAAGGGAAAGAAGGAUCUCGCUCUGGGACAGAACCCGAAGGAGAAGAAAAGUUGAUUGAGCGCGUCGUCGAAUGGCUUGUGACCGACCGCCUCCACGCCACUGUCUUUCUUCUAGAUGGAAGAGACAGAGACACCGGCUUGGACGGCCAGACGCGCGCUCUGGGGGCCGUGGGGGCCGCAGGCGAAGAGGCGAGCCGAGUCCAGAGAGAGGACUCUUCUGGCUCCUCAAGCCUUUCCGCGUCAAGGGUACCUUCGCAGGCGUUUCCUCCGCGCUCGUGGCGCCACGCUGAUGCGUGUCUGCCAUCGCUCUUGACCCGCUUCGAAGGCACGCCACCCGACGCGUCCACAGCAGGCGCGAAGGGGGGCUGCGAGCGCGAAUCGCGCGAGGGCACAGAACGUCCCCCUCCACCAGGCACGCUGCAGCGCGCGCGAGCGGGGCUCUCUGAGAAAAUCGUGUCGCGGCUCUUUAAAGCGAAGGCGCGCGCUCAAGAGGACGCCGCAGAUCUCGCUUUCGGGCUCUCCAUCUUCUUGAUUUCGAAUACACGUGUCGUGGACCUGCUCGCCGCUCCUUCGUCGCUGAGAGCGUCUUCUGCGGCCGCGUCUCUGCUCUCUGCGGCGGUCAGGCCUUCUUGCCUCGCGUGCUUUGCGAGGCUGACCCCUCAGCCUUCCUCCUUCGACUCGUCUCUCCACGGCGCUGCGUCUUCUUCGUCCUCGCCCUCGCCCUCGCCCUGUUCUUCUUCUCCUGCGUCGGAGCCAGACUGCGACCCCACAGAGGGCCCCUCGAAGGGGCGAGGUGUCUCCAACCGUCUCCUCACGACUUUCGUCCGGACGUCUCGCGAGGCGAAGACCUUGCUGCGUGGAGCAGGACGGCGCUUGAGCUCGCUUCUUUCUCAGAGUUUGUCUUCUCAAAAGGAGCAAGAAGACGCACCACACGAUCGGACCGCGGACAGGCGCUCGGAUGCGGCAGGCCGUGUGCCUCAGGAAAGCGACGAAGCUCAGGAGCGGGAGACACUUCUAUGCGUUCGCGUGCAAGUCGUCUCUUUGCCGGAGCCUGCGGCGCCCGCGCCCGCCCACGCGACGCUCUCUCUGCUGCAUCUGGUCGCGCCUGUAGCCGGCGAACACGUCCAGGAGCGAGCUGCGCUCGCUGGACGGGACGCGCCUCCCGCCAAGCCUGCACCCGCGACGCCCCAGCCUUCGAGCGCCUCAAAUUUUCUUCUUGCGGGAGCCUCCUGCGCGCGCCUGACGUGCUCGUCUUCUCGUUGGUCUUCGCGUCCGCCCGCUGAGGCCGCUUCUAGUCGCGCGAGCCGGGCGCUGCUGGCGCUGCUUCGCCGCUACCUUGAUCUGCCUCUUGCCGCGGAACCUCCUCCGGCGCCCUCCGCGUCGGUCUACGCGCACAGUUCGCGCUGCGCGCAGGCGCCCGCCGCAGCGCCGUCCGCGUCUCUCGCUCUCGCAGCGUCGCCGGGGCGUCUGUCCUUCGCCGAGGAGCUUCUCGCCCCGCUCCUGGCGCGACGGGCGAAGACCUUCGCGCUCGCCGUCCUGCCGUCUCACAUCUGCGAGCCGUCAUGUGACACCGUCGCGCUCCUCGACACGCUGCAGCGCGCCGCACUCCACAGUCCGCGCUGCGUUCCUCUCCCCCUCUGCGCCCUCGCCGCGGCUGCGGAGGAAGACCUCCCGAGUCGCCGCGCGCGAGGGGGACUGACGCAAGAGACGCAAGCGCCCGCGCGACAAGCGAGGCGGCAGCCCCGAGUGGCGGCGAACGGGGAACGCGCCCGCUGGCGGAGGAUGCGCCGGGGCGAGCUGGUCUCGGCGGCGCCCCUCGCCGCGCGCAGCAGCCGCAGGCGAGGAAGGCUGCCGGCCGCUGGAGGGUCAUCGGCUUCGGCGGCCUCGGCGUCGAGGCCGUCGAGCGCCGUCGCCUUGCGCGCCUCGCUGUCUCUGCGUCCUCUUCCCCGCCCUCGCGCGCAAGCUGCCGAGAAGGGCACUUGGAUCAGCGAGCGCCUCGCGCGUCUUGGGCGAACCCCGAGGCGCCUCUCGCCGCCGCGCUGUGGAGAAGGCAGUCUCAAGGAGAGCCGCGCGCAGAGAUCCUCCGCCGUUAGGCGUGCCGCCUCCUCAAGCCUGGCAGCCUCACGGGGGAAGACGCACGUCUCGUCUCCGCGCGCCGGCGCCUCCUCUUCUGUCGGUUCGUCUGCGUCCUCCGGCGCGGUCUCGCCUCUCGAUCCAUCUACGCGUUCGUCUGUUGGCGCACGUCGAGAGGGAUCCGCCGCGCCAGGCCGGCCGCGGCGCGAAGCUCCUGCAGCCUCGGCUCAGUCGCAGGCCGUGCAGGGGGUCGCCGCGGGCCCCGGCCUCGCGACCGCGUCGAAGUCUCUUUCGCGCUCUCGUCUGCCUUCUCCGUUCUAUCCUUCCUCUCGAUCUGAGACGCAGCGCCGCCUGCUCGCGGCUUCAGCUUCGUCUGCCCCCGCUCGCCCCCUGCGGCCUCAGCAGGCCUCCGCGUCUCCGCUGCACCGCGAGCUGCUGGGUCCCUCUUCCUCUGCCUGCGUGGCUCGCUUCGCGUCCUCUUCCGCGUCUCCCUCGAUUUCUUUUCACGCUUCCGCUCGCGACCAGCCUCAGGCAGCCGCCUCUCGCGAGCGCGGAAAGGAACCCACAGCUGUCUCGGAGGAACUUCACAGGCGCCUACACUCGCCGGCGCGGAAGCGCGAGCUGGUGAUGCAGCUGCAGAAUGGCGAGAGAGAAGCAGACUCUGAGACGCCGCCAGGCACCGGUGCCUCGAGAAACGGCGAGAGGAGAGAGCGCGCGGGAUCGCAAAGUGCCGCAGAGGACGAAAGUGCGUUGGGCGAAGAGGGCGCGGAGAGACGCCGAACGAGGAGGCGCAAGUCUACGUUGUCGUCUCCCUACACAGAGGAGACGGUUCCGGAAGAGGAAAGGAAAGCAGCCAACGCAGACAGACAGGAAAACAAGAGUCAAAUCCUGCCUAAGUACCUCUCUGCGAAGCCCCUCUUGCCCUGCGGAGCGCGACCUCGAGCCGCGCCGGCGGGACUCGACUCGGCGCUGUGUUCCUCUGUCUCGUCGUCUUCUGCCUCGCUUUCGUCCUCGUCUUGCACUGCGUCGCGUGAAGGGCUGACUCGUUCGCCGAUUCCUCGGCAUCAGUCCCCGCAGAGUCGCGCGCUUCGCGGCGUACGUACACCUCAGCGGGUCGAACUCGCGCGGCCUCCUGCAGACGCCCUCGGCUCUGUGGAAGACUCCCCAGCGCGGCCGCGAGCUGCCGGCGAGCUUUUUGAGAGAGGACGCCACGGACGAGGAAGGCGUUUGUCGUCGCCACUCGCGCAUCUUGCAGGAGCUGGCUGUAUAGAUCCGCUCGCAUUGCGUUCCUCCUCUUUCUACGCUGCGCAAAGGGACCUGGCUCCGGCAGCCGAGGACGUCCAGCCCUGGGUCUCGCCUUCUGAGCGGCUCGCGAGAGCCGCGAAGGGCGCCAGGCUCGCCGCCGACGCCUUCGAGGAGGGUCGCGCUCACGAAGCGUCGGACGCGGCGACCGGCAGGCGAACGCGCGGCCAAAAGGAGGGAAAGCUGCGCGGCGCGACUUCAGAGAAGCGAGCACGCGCGCGUCGCGAGCCCGCGGAAGCGAGUGAGUGGAGCCGCGGACAAGCGGGUGGCAGGAGACUCGCGGCAGCGUUUGCGGAGAAGGAGACACCGGGGCGGGGUCUCAGAGCGAAAGAAGACGCCGAGGCGUCUCACCCGAGACUCGCCAGCGAUCCGCGCAGGACGGGACGAGCGCGCGGGCGGGGGCAAGCAGACAUUCUUCGAGAAGAGGAGACGCUGCUGCGGGUGCGAGAGGCUGACCUUCAGCUAGAGAUCGUUCGCCUUCGCGGGCUGCUUCGGCGUGCCCUCGCUGGUCACAGCCAGAGCCGCGAGACGUCGCAGAGCGAAGCAGGCGAAGAAGAUGCGUUUCAGAGAAUGGAACAGAUCGACGGAUACGAGCAAGCUCUCGAGCAGGUACUGGCAGAAACGGGGACGGUUCUCCGGUGUGCUGCGCCUCAUGUUUGCGUCAAUGGCUUGCUUAGGGCCUAG